UCUUACCACCGGUUGACGCUCACUGGUUUUUCUCUCGUUUUAUUCCACUUUGUCAGUUUUUUCUUCAUUCUCGGUCUUUCCGGCAGCAUGUUGGAUCCGUCUUCCAGCGAGGAGGAAGGAGAUGAGAUCCUGGAGGUGGAGCGCAAAGAGGCGGCGGCUCCAAAGAGCGGAGCGAGCGGAGCCCGGCUCUCCCCGGGCCGAGCUGCCGCCGGCCACGGAGGCGGAGGCGACGGCGGCGGCGGCGGCGGCGGCGGCGGCGGCGGCGUCGCGGGGCUGCAGCCCCGGGGCCGCGGGAGCAGCGGCAACAGAAGAGGCAGCAGCAGUGGAGGUCUACCCUCCAGCCCCAGCCCGUCGGCGGGGAGCGACAAGGAGAAGGAGGACCUGGAAAAGAUGCAGAGGGAGGAAGAGGAGAGGAAGAAGAGACUGCAGCUUUAUGUAUUCGUGAUGCGCUGCAUCGCUUACCCGUUCAACGCCAAGCAGCCCACCGACAUGGCCCGCAGGCAGCAGAAGAUCAGCAAACAGCACCUCCAGAUGGUGAAGGAGCGCUUCCAGGCCUUCCUCAAUGGAGAGACUCAGAUCGUGGCGGACGAAGCUUUCAUCAAUGCUGUCCAGAGCUACUACGAGGUCUUUCUGAAAAGUGACCGUGUGUCUCGAAUGGUGCAAAGUGGUGGCUGCUCAGCCAGUGACUCCCGGGAGGUUUUCAAGAAGCACAUCGAGAAGCGUGUUCGGAGCCUGCCUGAAAUCGACGGCCUGAGCAAAGAGACGGUACUGAGCUCCUGGAUGGCCAAGUUCGACACCAUCUACCGUGGUGAGGAAGACCCCAGGAAGCACCAGCAGAGGAUGACAGCCAGUGCCGCCUCCGAGCUCAUCCUCAGUAAGGACCAGCUGUACGAGAUGUUCCAGGGGAUCCUGGGGAUCAAGAAGUUUGAACACCAGCUCCUCUAUAACGCCUGUCAGCUGGACAACCCAGACGAGCAGGCAGCUCAGAUCAGGAGAGAACUGGAUGGACGCUUACAGAUGGCAGACCACAUUGCACGGCAUGGUGGAAGGUUCCCAAGGUUUUCCUCCAGAGAAAUGGAAGCCAUGUUCAUUGAGGAGCUGCGAUCCUCUGUGAACCUUCUCAUGGCCAACCUGGAGAGCAUGCCGGUGUCCAAGGGAGGAGAAUUCAAGCUGCAGAAGCUGAAAAGAGGCCACAACACCUCAAUCAUGGACAUGGGCCAGGAGGAUGAGAACACACUGUCCAAGUCUGAUGUGGUGCUGUCCUUCACUCUGGAGGUGGUCAUAAUGGAGGUGCAGGGUCUGAAGUCUUUGACUCCAAACAGGAUUGUUUACUGCACCAUGGAGGUGGAGGGAGGACACAAACUGCAGACAGACCAGGCGGAGGCCUCCAAACCCACAUGGGGCACACAGGGAGACUUCACCACCACCCAGCCACUUCCUGCUGUGAAGGUGAAGCUGUUUACUGAGAGCACAGGAGUGCUGGCCCUGGAGGACAAGGAGCUCGGGAGGGUUGUGCUCCACCCGACACCGAACAGUCCGAAGCAAUCAGAGCUCCAUAAGAUGACAGUUUCUAAAGGCUGCGCCGACAGCGAGCUCAAGAUCAAACUGGCCAUCCGCAUGGACAAGCCACAGAACAUGAAGCAUUGUGGGUACCUUUGGGCCAUUGGAAAGAACGUCUGGAAGAGGUGGAAGAAGAGGUUUUUUGUGCUGGUUCAGGUCAGUCAGUACACAUUCGCCAUGUGCAGCUACAGAGAGAAGAAAGCUGAACCUGUGGAGCUGCUGCAGCUGGAUGGAUACACCGUGGACUACACAGACCCACAGCCAGGUUUAGAUGGCGGCCGCACAUUCUUCAACGCUGUCAAAGAGGGGGACACUGUAAUUUUUGCCAGUGAUGAUGAGCAGGACCGCAUUUUAUGGGUGCAGGCCAUGUACCGGGCCACUGGUCAGUCGCACAAACCAGUUCCUCCCACCCAGGUCCAGAAACUAAACUCCAGAGGCGGCACCACGCCACAGCUUGAUGCGCCCAUCUCUCAGUUCUAUGCCGACCGAGCACAGAAGCAUGGGAUGGAUGAGUUCAUCUCGGCUAACCCGUGUAACUUCGACCACGCCUCGCUGUUCGAGCUGGUGCAGCGCCUCACGCUGGACCACAGACUCAAUGACUCCUACUCCUGCCUGGGCUGGUUCAGUCCAGGUCAGGUGUUUGUCCUGGACGAGUACUGCGCCCGCUAUGGUGUUCGAGGCUGCCAUCGGCAUUUGUGUUAUCUGAGCGACCUGCUAGAAAGGGCCGAGAACGGAGCCAUGAUAGACCCCACGCUGCUCCACUACAGCUUCGCCUUCUGCGCCUCGCAUGUCCACGGGAACAGGCCGGACGGCAUCGGGACUGUGACUGUGGAGGAGAAGGAGCGCUUUGAGGAGAUCAAGGAGAGGCUGCGGGUGCUUCUGGAAAACCAGAUUACACACUUCAGGUACUGUUUUCCGUUUGGACGUCCUGAGGGAGCCCUGAAAGCCACGCUGUCCCUGCUGGAAAGGGUUCUGAUGAAAGACAUUGUCACUCCAGUCCAACAAGAGGAAGUGAAGGCUGUGAUCCGUAAGUGUCUGGAGCAGGCAGCUCUGGUCAACUACCAGCGUUUAUCAGAGUACGCCAAACUGGAAGGGAAAAAGAGAGAGAUGUACGAGCAUCCUGUCUUCUGCUUGGCGUCUCAAGUGAUGGAUUUAACCAUUCAGAAUGUUGGGCACUUAGCGACCCCUGCCAAGAAACUGGAGGACACCAUCCGCCUGGCGGAGCUGGUGAUGGAGGUGCUGCAGCAGAAUGAGGAGCACCAUGCUGAGGGAAAAGAGGCCUUUGCCUGGUGGUCAGACCUGAUGGUGGAGCAUGCCGAGACCUUCCUGUGUCUCUACUCAGCUGACAUGGAUGCAGCUUUGGAAGUUCAGCCACCUGACAGCUGGGACAGCUUCCCCCUUUUCCAGCUGCUCAACGACUUCCUGAGAGUGGACUAUAACCUGUGCAAUGGAAAGUUUCACAAACACCUUCAGGACAUGUACGCUCCGCUGGUCGUGCGCUACGUGGACCUGAUGGAGUCGUCCAUCGCCCAGUCCAUCCACCGAGGCUUUGAACGGGAGUCCUGGGAGCCCGUCAAGAGUAUUUCAAGCACUCUUCCCAGUGUCAACCUCCAAAUGCCCAAAGUACCAAAUCUCACAGUGCCAAGUGUUAACCUCCCACAAAUGCCCAGCUUUUCUCCACCCAACUGGAUGACCGCUAGCGAUGACUCAGAUAACGGCUCGGGAACGUCUGAGGACCUCUUCUGGAAGCUGGACGCUCUGCAGACCUUCAUCAGGGACCUCCACUGGCCUGAGGAGGAGUUUGGGAAGCACCUGGAGACUCGCCUGAAGCUCAUGUCCAGUGACAUGAUCGAGUCCUGCGUGAAGCGUACGCGGGCUGCGUUCGAGGCCAAACUCCAGCGGAGCAGCCGGGCCACCGACUUCAGAGUGCCACAGUCCAUCUGCACCAUGUUCAACGUCAUGGUGGACGCCAAGACGCAGUCAGCAAAGCUGUGUGCCAUGGACCUGGGACAGGAGAGGCAAUACCACUCCCAAAUCGACAAUCUAAUUGAAGAAACGGUGACGGAGAUGAUAACACUGCUGGUAGCCAAGUUUGUGGUCAUUCUCGAGAGCGUGUUAGCUAAAAUCUCCAGAUACGACGAAGGAACCCUGUUUUCCUCCUUCCUGUCUUUCACGGUAAAAGCUGCCUCCAAGUAUGUGGAUGUACCGAAGCCGGGGAUGGACGUGGCUGACGGUUACGUGACCUUUGUUCGUCAUUCCCAGGACAUGCUGCGGGAGAAGGUCAACGAGGAGGUGUAUGUGGAAAGACUGUUCGAUUGUAAGUACAGGACGAGUGGUCAAUGGUACACCAGCACCAUGAACCUGAUUGGAACGUGGCUGACCGACCGCAUGGAUCUGCAGCUGCAUGUGUACCAGCUGAAGAUCCUCAUCCGAGUGGUCAAGAAAAAGUACCGAGACUUCAGGCUGCAGGGGGUGCUGGACUCCACGCUGAACAGUAAGAUGUACGAAACAGUGAGAAACCGGCUGACUCUGGAAGAAGCCACGGCGUCGGUGAGAGAAGGAGGCAUGCAAGGCAUCUCCAUGAAGGACAGCGACGAAGAAGACAACUAGCUAAGAAACCUGCCGAAGCAUGUGACAGUGUGGGGUAGACCGGCAGAGACCCCCCAGCCUGUCCAUCAGA